ACUGAUAAACGCGAUCGAACUAAACGCGAAUAUUCGAUUCGACGAUACCAUCGUUAGUGGAUACCCAUCUCUGAAACUCGGGGAAAAUAUUCGCUAUUCGUGGCUUGCUAGCUUCGCAAUUUUUAGCUCCGCUUCACCCGCAGACUUGUUUUUGGAUCGAACGCGACUAUAAACAAGGUGCGACUAUAUCGUCGGCGGUGCCAAAAGUUUUCCUGCCGUCUCGCCACCCGAAAGUUCAAAAUCUCGCUGGCGUUUCGGGUUUCCAGUUUCAGAGCGGACCUCUGAAUUCCGAUUCUGCUCAUCGGUUCGUCUUCAGGGAGUUGGCAUAUCGAACUCCAGUGCCAGUGACUCUAGGAGUCGAGGGAGGAGCAAUCCAGGAGACCCUCCGCAGGAGGAAUCCAUGGAACUCCAGUUGGACGUGUAGCCCUUGCCACUUUCGAAAAAAGGCAGCGGAACGGUGGGGGAACUCUUUCUAGGGGUAAAAAAAGUGUAAAGGAAUCCCACGUAGCCAAAACGCAGGUAUCUUCCUUCAAAUCUGAGCGGGACAAAGUUGCAAUCCCAGGGGAAAAUCAGAACAUCCAUGCCGGAGAAACGCAGAGCGCUAAAGAACACUUAUUGGGUAUGAAGAAGGAGCAGUAGUUAUUUUUUUGUUCCGAAAAGGAGGCACACCAGCCGAAAACUGGGACUGCAGGAGGAGCACAAGGGAACCCAGCCAGAGGCACCACCAACCGGCAAUCCUCUGAUGGCUCUGGCCAGCGGAGGAGACGAGAAAAUGGACGACAGCAGCAGCGGACGCACUUCGCUGGCGGACAGCGCCAGCCUGACAAACUCCUCGAUGCGCAGCGGUGCCUCCUCGCAGAACGUCUUCGACAACAGCGAUGGCAUGAUCCGGGUAUUCAACUACUUGACCAACGAAUACGAACGCUUCUAUCCCAGCAUGCUGUGCGAGGAGAUCUGCAACGCGAUGUGCCGCCAGCUGAGCAUUGCUCCGACGGCCCAGCUGCUCUACGGGAUUCGGGAGCACUCCACCUCGCGCAGGCCCGCGCCGCAGGUGCGUCUGGAGCUCACGUGGGCGCUGCCCGGGGAGCGUCUGAGCCCCCAGCUGGUGUACGUCUUUCGAAUGCGCUUCCGGGUGCCCGAGCUGGACAGCCAGCUGGAGCUAAUCGACGGGCGCAGCCACAAGUUCCUCUACGCCCAGAUGCGCUACGACAUGCGCAACGAACUGAUCCUGGAGAUUCGCUAUCCGGAGCACAAGGACAAGUCCACGGGAUUGGCGGUGAUGGAUAUGCUGAUCGACGACCAGGAGCAGACGGACGACCAGCAGGCGGCACGCUCCAUCGAGAAGCUGUACAAGCUUUACUUGCCGCCGAGUUUGUGGCGGGCGCACAGCUUCUUCGUGGGCUCCAAGAUACGCGAGGUGUUCCGCAACCUGAAGGCCAACUCGCCGAAUGUGGAGCGCCUGAAGUGGCACUACGUGCACCAGGUCUCCCACCUGGCGCCCACCUACAUGACCGAACAGUUCACCUGCACCGUUCAGUACCUGCCCAACGAGGAGAUGCCACGCGGCGGCGCCCCCAUCUCCGCCAGCCUGGCCCACACGGUGAGCAACUCGACGUCGACGCUGGCCAGCUCCGGUUCCACCAACACGCUGGCCACGCUCACCGCCAGCUCCACCCACAGUGCCAACGGCGGUGGCGGCAGCGGCAAGAAGGGCAAGCGCCGCUCCACCAGCUCCGGCAUCGACGUCUAUGUGCGGGUCUUUCCACACGACUCCCUCGAGCCGGGACUCAAGGUGGCCAGGGUCACUUCGGAAGCCACGCUCAAGUGGAUUCUGGUGGGCGGCGUGGAGGGUAUUUUCAUGAUCUCCAAAAUCAGCGACACUGAUGUCAGGCUCGAAAUCGUUGGACUGCCCAAAGGCUACGAAAUGCACUUCCGGACGGAGAAGGAGAUGAAGUCCUUCAUUUCCUACCUGGGCAUCUAUAUCAGAUUGUCCAGCAAGUGGAUGCAGGACCUGUGCCACUCCUACCGCACGCCCUCCCUGGAAGAGCUGAGCUCCCUCUACUGCCACGGACCCAUUGGAGGCGCCUACUCCCUGAUGAAGCUUCACGAGAACGGCGACAAGUGCGGCAGCUACAUUGUGCGCGAGUGCGAUCGCGAGUACAACAUCUACUAUAUCGACAUUAACACCAAAAUCAUAGCCAAAAAAACGGAUCAGGAGCGUUGCAAGACGGAAACGUUCAGGAUCGUGCGCAAGGACUCGCAGUGGAAGCUGACCUACAACAACGCGGAGCACGUGCUGAACUCGCUGCACGAGGUGGCGCACUGCAUCCAGGCGGACAGCCCGGACCGCUUCCGCAUACCCGCCUCCAAGUACGACAAGCCGCCGCUGCUGCUCCUGCUGCUGCCAAAGAACCUCAAGGCCAAAAAGACUGACCUGCAGCUCAGCGAGGCGGAGCUGCAGCGCCGCAACCCGCAGAUCUUCAAUCCCAAAACGGACCUGCAAUGGUAUCCAGACUCGAUCUCGCUGAGCGACGACGGCAUGAUGUUCACGAUGCGCGGCGACUGGAUUCAGCAGAGUCCCGUGAAGGACGUCUCCGUCACGAUGAAGAUGCUGAAGAGCGACGGCAACUUCAUGGAGUUCUUUCGACUGGCGCAGACCUGGAGCCUCAUCCAGUCGCCGCAGUUCCUCAAGCUGUACGGCCUAACUCUCGCCGAUCCCUACACGAUGGUCAUGGAGUACUCGCGCUACGGCCCGCUCAACAAGUUCCUGCACUCGGUGCCCAACGUCAGUCUGCACUGCCUCCUCGACCUGAUGCACGGAUUCGUGCGCGGCAUGCACUAUUUGGAGGACAACAAGAUCAUCCACAACUACAUACGCUGCAGCAACCUGUACGUGACCAAGUACGAUCCGAAUGCGUACGUGCUCGACGCCAAGAUCAGCGAUCCCGGCUAUCCACGUCCCUACCGAGAAUCCGACUCGCCGUGGAUUCCCACCAAGUAUUACCGAAACCUGCAGGCGGCCAAGCUGGACCAGAACACCCAGCUGUGGGCCUUCGCCACCACUAUCUACGAGAUCUUCUCGCGAUGCAAGGACGACCUGCGGAGACUGCGGCAGGAUGAGCUGAUCCGGCAACGGAAUCUCGAUGGCAACAUACUCAAGACGCUCGAUCCGGACAUCUGCCCCUCGCUGAUAUUCGAGACGAUCAUGGACGGGUGGUCCGACGACGAGGACAAGCGCUUCAGACACCACGAACUAUUCUCCCGCCUCAACACGAUCAAGGCGGAGAUACUGCCCAACUACAUGCCGCCACCCGAGAUCGCAACGAAUGGAACGGGGGACGAGGAAGUGGUGGAGAAGAGCGCCGACCUGCCCUGCCACUAUCCGUUCCCCGGCUCGCACAUGCUGAUGGUGAUUCCGCUGACCCACGAGUGCCGGGUGAUCUACAACAUGGCGAACAAGAUCGGCCAGGGCCACUACGGCACCGUCUACAAGGGCCACCUCGAGUUCAACGACAAGGACCAGCCGCGCGAGCAGGUGGCCAUCAAGAUGCUGAACACCACGCAGGUGUCUACUGAUUUCCAGCGCGAGAUCGGCAUCAUGCGCAACCUGGAUCACCCGAAUGUCGUCCGGUUCAAGUACUGGGCGGAGAAGUCGCACUGCAUCAUCAUGGAGUACCUGUCCGGUUCGUUCGACAACUACCUGCGCUUCGAGGCGCCCAAUCUCAAGGAUCCCCGCCUGGUGGGCUUCGCCCUCGACAUCGCACAUGGCAUGAAAUACUUGUCCGGCAUGGGACUAAUCCAUAGGGACUUGGCCGCACGCAACAUUCUCGUGGAUCACAACGGCGAUGGCGAUCGCGUCAAAAUCUCAGACUUCGGACUGGCGCAAUUCGCCAAUUCCGAUGGAUAUUACUACGCGAAGAGCAAGCGAGAUAUCCCCAUUAAAUGGUACUCCCCGGAGGCCAUCUCCACCUGCAGAUUCUCAUCCUACUCGGACGUCUGGAGCUACGGCGUGACGCUCUUCGAGAUGUUCUCCCGGGGAGAAGUUCCCAACCUGGUGCCGAUGCAGACCUCGCAGGAGGACUUCCUGAACCGCCUUCAGAACGGCGAACGCUUGAAUCGGCCGAUCAGUUGCCCCGACUUUAUGUACGACCUGAUGCUGUUAUGCUGGCAUGCCACGCCCCGUUCCCGCCCCAGUUUCGCCACCAUCGUGGAGAUCAUCACGCGGGAAGUGGCCACCAAGGUGGUGCAGCCCGCCGAUGGCCACCAGUCGCCGCCGAAUCUGCCGCCGGAGGUCGAGUAACAGGAGAUGAGUGUUCGGAACACCUCCAGAAUGAUAUACACCUAUCUAGGAAUAAGACUUUUUAAGAUGUUAGCAUUUAAACUGUACGUUUUUAAAACAACAACACAAGCGACCCCGCACCAUUCGACGCAAAAAACCUCAUACCAAAACCCAAAAACUCACGCCUUUGCAAGCCUUUUCGGAUUCUCGCCAGAACUUAGUUUUAUACUUGUGCUCACCAUUGGCGCCCUUCCUCGUCAUCACCCCCCUCUUGACUAAGCGAAAGUCCCGGCUUUAAACAUACAUAUAAAUAUAUAAACAAUUCUCAACCUACUUUGUGUUAUACCUCUUAGCCCCCUUUGUUAAAUAUUGUUAAGCCUGGCUUCAAUUUUUUGUAAUGCCCACGCAUAAACACUAAACACUAACUAAAUAUAAUGUGUAAAUAAUAAUUGAACUAGUUAAGGGUUUAAACAAAGAAAAAAACGGCAACACACGGUAAUUUAUAGUACGCGAAAGAUUGCGACCGGAACGAAAGGAUCGGAUUCGCAAUUUGACUAAGAUAAAUCUACAAAACAUGUGCACAUAUAGUCCUAAGGUAUGUCAAUUAAUGUUGAUCAAAUGCCAUUUUAACCUACAAUACUUCGAAACAGAAACGAAUUACAUAUACAUAUAUUUACAAGCUAUACAAGCCACUAUACAAGCCGGUAUAUGCACAAUCACACCCGCAGGCACAAUAACUUAUUAUUGAUGUUAACGAGAAAGGAUAUUUCCGAAAUAAAUCAAUUUUCUUACGUGUUUAAAA